AUGAAGCUAGUACACUUUCUGAUGAAACUGCGCAACGAACAAGUCACCGUGGAACUCAAGAAUGGGACGACUGUUUGGGGAACUUUGCAGACCGUUUCUCCGCAGAUGAACGCGACAUUGACAGAUGUGAAACUGUCACUUCCCAGUAAAAGCGGCAACGGCGCCAUGGCAGGUGUGUUUUUGACCGGCGGACAACAUAAUUCAGAGCAGAAGACCACAGCACUGCAAUAUAUCAACAUCCGAGGCAAUACGAUUCGACAAAUAAUUCUACCCGACUCGCUAAAUGUGGACUCACUGCUGGUAGACGAGAGACAUCUACAGAGGAUGCGACACACGGGCAAGCUAGCAGAGGAUUCGGGCCGUAAAAGACGAAUGGAGUCGAAUGGGGGCCAGUCAAACGCGCCAAACGAGCGCUGUGAGAGAGAGAGAGAGAGAGAGAUAGAGAGAGAGGAAAAUGGGACUCCUAAGCCCUGGAACAGUGGCUGGCGCAGAGUUGCGCUCGUAUAUCCCUGUAUAAGAAACGCAUAG